AUGGAACAGGCCGAAGAUCAACCUCGAAUCUCUGGAAGACCCCGAUGGAACAAGUACAAUCAAACCCACUACGAUGUCGACAAUCCGCCACCAAAGGUCGUCCAGGGCUACAAAUUUAACGUAUUUUACCCCGAUCUACUCGACCCAACGAUCGCACCAAAUUUCAAAAUCUACGAAGACGCCGACCCGGAUUUUGCGACGAUUCGCUUCAAAGCCGGGCCCCCGUACGAAGACAUUGCUUUCAAGGUGGUCAAUCGCGAAUGGGAUGUGCUCCACAAAAACGGGUACAAAUGCCAAUUUCAACAAGGCGUCUUCCAGCUGUGGUUCAGUUUCAAAAAAUAUCGCUAUCGCCGC